CGGAAGAGUUGCUGUCGGAAGGGGGAGGAGGGAGGGAGGAAAAGAGGAGGAGGCGGUGGAGAUCUGAGCUGAACCGAGCAUCGAGCCAAAGGGGAGAUGAGUUUGUCUGUCCUCGGCUGAGGCUCCGGCCGGGCCUAGGGAACUGGGAGCUCGGGUUGGAGCGACACCCGUGGAAGUGGGAGGAGGUGGCUCUGGGACUUUAACCCCUUGUGGGCUCUGCGGCAGGGGAUUUAACCCUUUGUGGAUUCGGCCCCUCGGAGGCAGCGUCAUCGGGUAGUUUUAACCCCUUCGGGGCUGGGUUUAACCCGUUGGACUUAACCUCAUCUCCUUGGCCACCAACUCCUCGAUCGUGGGGGCGCUCUGCGGGGAGGUUUGAGGUCCACCCCCUUUGCACAUUACGUACUGUUACUGCUGCUGCACCCCCCCCCGGACCCGCUUAGCUGGCCGCGUUGUGGGCACUUAACCCUUUAUUGACUUGAGCUCUCCCAAGUUGCAAUUGGAGUUUGUUGACAGAAGGACUGGCUAAAGGCGUCACUGCAGGAAUUACAGACCGAAGAGGACUCUGCUGGACGUUUUUUAAAAGAAAAGAAAAGCCUCUUUUUUCCUUAAGGACUUACAGCCAAAAUUUUUCAAACUUCGAGAAGAGGACUCUAUUAGCCAUGGCCGAGCCACUCUUGUCAGAAUACCAGCACCAGCCUCAAACUAGCAACUGUACAGGUGCUGUUGCUGUUCUUGAAGAGCGGAACCCCGAUCGCCCCCCAGGCGCGGAGGAGCGGGUGCCCGAGGAGGACAGUAGGUGGCAAUCGAGAGCGUCCCCCCAGUCGGGUGGCCGUCCGGGGCAGGAGGGGGAAGGGAGCUUGGAGCCCCAGCCGCCUCCCCUGCAGACCCCGGUCCGUCCAGAAGCUAACUGCCCGGAGGCAAGCGAGAAGGGCCAGAAUAGGGAUGAUUUGUCCGCUGGCGGAGCCCCCCUGCCGGCAGCCGGGGGAGAACCGAGGCCCGAGGCCGAGCCGCUCGCACAGCCAUGUCACGACUCCGAGGCCAACAAGUUGGGGGCUCCUGCUGCAGGGUGCGAGGAGGCGUGGGGACAGCAGCAGAGGCAACUGGGCAAGAAAAAACAUAGGAGACGCCCCUCCAAGAAGAAGCGGCAUUGGAAACCGUACUACAAGCUGACCUGGGAGGAGAAGAAAAAGUUCGACGAGAAACAGAGCCUGCGAGCCUCAAGGAUUCGAGCUGAGAUGUUCGCCAAGGGCCAGCCUGUCGCACCCUAUAACACCACGCAGUUUCUCAUGGAUGAUCACGACCAGGAGGAGCCGGAUCUCAAAACCGGUCUCUAUCCCAAGCGGGCCGCUGCCAAAUCCGACGACACCAGCGAUGAGGACUUCAUGGAAGAAGCGGGCGAGGAGGAUGGGGGAAGCGACGGGAUGGGAGGAGAUGGCAGCGAGUUUCUGCAGCGGGACUUCUCGGAGACGUACGAGCGGUACCACGCGGAGAGUCUGCAGAACAUGAGCAAGCAGGAGCUCAUCAAGGAGUACCUGGAGCUGGAGAAGUGCCUCUCGCGCAUGGAGGACGAGAAUAACCGGCUGCGGCUGGAAAGCAAGCGGCUGGGAGGCGACGACGCGCGUGUGCGGGAGUUGGAGCUGGAGCUGGACCGGCUGCGUGCCGAGAACCUCCAGCUGCUGUCGGAGAACGAACUGCACCGGCAGCAGGAGCGAGCGCCUCUGUCCAAGUUUGGAGACUAGACUGAAACUUUUGGGGGGGAGGGGGCAAAGGGGACUUUUUACAGUGAUGGAAUGUAACAUUAUACACAUGUGUAUAUACGACAGCGGACCUUUUUAUGACACAUAAUCAGAAGAGAAAAUCCCCCCGGCUUUGGUUGGUUUGGUAAAUUUAGCUAUGAUGUAGCUUGAGUGCUUUUUUCCUGUUCUUUAAUUAUGUGAAACUGAAGGGUUGCUUUUCUUGUUUCCUUUUUAGUUAGUUUUUUUUUUUUUUAAUGUGUAAGUAACUUGACCAAGUUAUGAUGCAUUUUUCUGUUAAAAAUCCCCUCCUUAAACGGAGCUAUAAGGUGGCCAAAUCUGAGAACCAUUAAAUUCAUUCUAGUUAUAAUAAAUUUAAUAUUUGUAAAUGUAACAGUUUCAGUGUGAUUUCUAGAGCUAAUUCAAAUAGUGCUGGCUUAUUUUAAGGGCAUUGUGUGUGGGGGGUAAAGAAAUCAUUAGUCAGUUUGCAGAAAAAAAAUCUUUAAUGGGACAGUUUUCAAUUUGCUGAUUUUUCCCUUGAAUGGGUUUUAGUGUGCUACAAAAUACAGUUCAGGCAAAAUAUAAAGAUUUAAUUACCUUCAAUA